GGAACACUUUGUGAAGAUGGCUGGUUGGCGAUGUGUGAUUUGCUUUGCAUUUAUUGCACUGACUUUAAAAGUGUUUUUAAGCCAUAUUAACACGGCGCAUGGACGUAGUAGAAACUUCCGUGUGAUUUGUGGAAUCGAUGGGUGCGAAGAAGAAUACCGGGUAUUCAAUUCCUUCUAUUAUCACAUCAGGCGUAGGCAUGCAGCGUACCUCGCCAAUGGUCGUCCGCCCAGGGAUUGCAUUCCAGUUAGCUCAAGGUGCCAUGGGGGUGAACGAUUCGACAUGGACCUACCUAUUUUUUCCAACUGUAUCACUCCAGCUACCCACCAAGUUCAAAAUUCAACUCCAACUACCAAUAUGAGGCAGAACACAACGCAGGUUGGCUUAAGACAAGAUGACGAAGAGAGCGGGGGGAUUGAAACACUGCAAUCGAACAAGGAAAAGGAAUUGACCAGACACGCAGCUGCCUUUGCCGUGGAUGUUCGUGAAACAUGCUGUCUUUCUCGGGGUAAUACCAACAGGAUUAUACAGAAAACCCAGCAGUUACAAAUGGCUGUAGUAGGAACCUUGCAGGACAGAGUGAUGGAUGUCUUUGAUAGACAUGACCCUUCAGUCAGCAUUAACCAGCUCCGAAAUGAGAUUUUGGCAACGUUUGAGGGUUUUCCAGAUCCAUUUUCCAACUUGACUACAACUUACAUGCAGGACCAAACCAUUGAGGAACUUUUUAAACCAGUGGAACCAGAGGAGGUUGUAAUUUCACAAAGACUGUGUAGAGUUAAGCGAGGCUCUUCAAGGGUUCUUACCAUUAGAAACAAAGUUUUUUUCUAUGUUCCUCUCAUCAAGAGUCUACAACAACUGCUAUCCAACCCUAGAAUUUUUAGCAUGGUCAGUAAUCCACCAGAAAAUUGUAACAAAAAUGGAUAUCUCCGUGACAUUGUGAAUGGCAGCCUUUUCAGAACUCAUCCAUUGUUUUCUGUUAAGCCAACUGCUUUACAGUUAAUUUUGUAUUCUGAUGAAAUAGAGAUUUGCUCCCCUCUUGGACCCCAGGCCUCUAUGAACAAGUUACUCAUGUUUUAUUAUACUGUAGGAAACAUAAACCCCAGGUUUAGGUCUAAGCUUGCUGCCAUAAGACUUCUUGCCAUUGCCAAAGCUAAGGAUAUCUCAGAGGCUGGUGCUGAUGUUAUAUUAAAAAGAAUUGAACAGGAUUUGAAGGAACUGUACAACGGUGUCAACAUUCAAGUUGGAAAUAGUGAGACUAUAUUAUAUGGUGCAGUAAUAUCAAUAUGUGGUGAUACCCUUGCUCAGCAUGACCUGGCCGGGUUUAAAUCUGGAGUUGGGUUUGCUUUCAGUAAGUGUAGGCAUUGUGAGUGUGACUUUGAGACAAUGCAAAACCAAUUUGAUGAAAAUAGUUUUACCCUAAGAACAUUACAAAAUCACAUCAGACAGUGCAGGGAAAUAGAGAGGGCCAGUACAGACUCUCUUAAAAAUGCCCUCAUGACUACCUAUGGUAUAAAUAGAAGGAGUAAACUUAUAGAUUUUCCAGGCUUUGAUCUUAUUCAACAAACCCCUCAAGAUAUAAUGCACAUCAUGCUUGAGGGUGUUGUGCAACAGGAAAUAAAAUGUGCAUUAAAGCACAUUAUUUUGUCAGGGCAUAUUGAUCUAGACUCUAUAAAUUCAGGUAUACAAGGUUUUCCAUAUUCAAACAGGGAUAUACAAGACAAGCCAUGUCCAAUCAGUGUCAGUACAAUGGCAUCUAAUGAUAACAAACUAAAACAGUCGUCUGGACAGAUGUUGAUAUUUCUGAAGAUAUUCCCUUUUAUUAUGAAUAGCAUCAAGGACAAUGUCUAUGUACAGUUUAUCAUAGAAUUAAUUGAAAUAACUCACAUUCUUUUUGCUCCUAUUGUGAUGACGGAAACCUUACAAAAACUGAAAGUAAUGAUAGAGCAGCAUCUGAAACAAUUUAGGAAACUUUUCCCGGACAACAACAUAACCCCUAAGCAACAUUAUAUGCUACAUUUACCUUCACAAAUUGAAGCACUGGGUCCUUUGACGAGACACAUGUGCAUGAGGUUUGAGUCUAAGCAUUGUUUUUUUAAACAGUGGUCCUCUAAAUUAAAUUAUAAAAAUGUCUGCAAAUCUCUUGUAAAUCAUAGCAAAAUUGUCGAAAGUACAUAUCAAACAAACAAUAUAUUUGCUCAUGAAAAAGAAUUAGGCCCCACAUCAGCGGUUUCAGAGGCCUCAGAGGCAUAUGUCAGUUCAAAGAUUAGAGAUUUUUUGAAUAUUGACAGUUUCCAUCAUGUAAUCUCUGUGAAAUGGAUGUCUCUUAAUGGCAACAAGCACAUUAGUGGAAAGACUUUAAUAAUCACAGACUCAAAUGAUGGGCUCCCUAUUUUUGGACUAAUAAGUAAUAUUUAUGUUAUUGAUUCAUCUUUAUUUUGCUGUGAAUAUCAAGUGUUUGAAACAUUGAAAUGGGAUACAGAUUUACAAUCAUAUGAAAUUGCUGUGCCAAAUGCUGCACAGGCAACAGAGUUUAUAGAUUUAGAAAAACUACCUGACUACUCUGCUUACCACCCUGUACCAUUCAAUAGUAAAACAUAUGUUUUGAGAAAAUAUGACCUAACUGACGUUUUGUUGUAUGAGAAGGUAUGAUGUAUUAAAAUAAAUGAGUGAAUCAG